CUGGCCAUUCUUUAUCUUUUUCUUUUACUAUUUUUUUCACUUUUCUUAUUUGAGAUAAGACUAUAAUGGCAACGAUUUCUUAAGAAGGUUUAUAAUUUUCCCAGUCCAACUGUUAACUGUUAAUAGUUUUAGUGUUAAGCUAAUCACAUUCUAGAACUGAUAAUGGUGGCCACUGGCCAGUUUUUGCAUGUUACAAAAUUAUUUAAGCAAGUAGACACAUCAUUAACCAUUGAAUCAAAUAUUCUUUGGUCACACUUGUGUAUGAUUAAUCCUUUUAAUUGUUUACUUAUAAUUUCGUGGGUAUAUUGAAGCCAUAAGUGCAGUAUCAAUGAAGGAACUUGAAAAAAGGCUUCCACUCUCCAGGAUCAGUUUCUCAUUGAUACUUAUCCAACCGAAUUUUGCGGUUAAAAGAUUUGUGGUCGCCUCACGUGGCAAAUCUGAUUUCAAAGCCAACAUUCAUUUUGUUUGAAUUAGAAUUCUGCGUGAUUCACACACAGGCCGAAUAGAUUAUUAGCGUUUAAGUAGUUAAUGGUUUGAAUUGAGAGCAAGAAAAUGAAGUUAAUGCUUUGAAUGUAAACCCCGUAUCAUCGAUUCUCCCUAACUCAUUGUUUAUAUCGUUUUCUUGGUAGGUUUUGAAGGCUAUCCAUUUUAUCGUCUACCCAACUUUCUUCACUGCAAUUGGAACACAUUUGAACUUGAACAUUACAAUACCUUGUAAGCUAUGAUACUGAUAGGUUCUUGUUUUUCUUUUAGGUGGUUGUUGUCUGUUGAAAUUUUGUGUAUCUUCUAAUCCGCUAUGAAUCAGAACUCCAUUCAAGGGUCUGCGCCGACCAAUGAAUUGCUGCAUAGUGCAUACACAAGGCGUAAUUCGAAUCCCAAAUACUUGUUUAAACGGACGAUGAUGUCCAUGUCUCUGCCUAAGGCAACCGCCGUAGGCGACCAUCGCCUAAGGCUGGUGGCAAUGAGAGCAAGAAGUUGCCAAGGCUCCAUAGAAGAGUGCAUGGAAGAGGGUGAGUUGGUGGGGAUGGAGUCUUCGCACAGGCGCAUUCUAGCAACGUCGCAGUACAUAAGCUAUCAAGCGCUGCAGCGGAACACGGUACCAUGCUCUCAAAGAGGUGCUUCCUACUACAACUGCAAGCCAGGUGCAGAGGCUAAUCCUUAUACCCGUGGUUGCACCACCAUCACUCGUUGCCGCAAUAGUUAGCACCAAUUUCUUGCAUCUUCUUAUGGACUCACCAUCAAGUUUCUUAUGUUAUUCCUAUAUGUACUUAUCAUUAUCAGGCUUGUUCUGUUUUAUUAUGUUUGUGCUUUUUCAUUUGAUAAAAUUUCCACCGGAGAUUUCCAUGGAAACAUGAAUGAUAUAUCUACAUAUAAUAUUUUUGCUUUCCUGAUUUAACAAUUUUAUAUAAUGAGUUUAAUCGUAAAAAUCUAUAUUGUUUUAAAUGCAGAAUUGCAAAUCUCAAAAUCUAUAUUUAUUUAUGCAUGUACAUGCAUCUAAGCAAGCAUAGGGAAGUGCAAGUCAAAAAUAGUCAAAUGAAAUGAGUUAGAUAGUAGUACUUAACACUUAUUUUUGUUACCUCUGUCAAUGAUCUUACUUUCCUUGCUGCUUCUUCAAAGCCCACGUGCGGAUAAUACUAUUUUUCACACACGUAUCUAACUCAACUCUUCUAUCAUUGCUUGCUGUUCGGAAGAAAACAAGACAAACAGAAAAGGUGUUGAAAUUAAUCACUAGUAACAUGUUUAUUUGGGUUAAGACCUUUUUCCAUGCUACUAAUAUUUUUCAAUGAUUUCGUUGGAAUGCGAGUCUAAAGCCACCGCUGAUAACUUGAUAUAUAUAUGGGAUUAAGUAGAUGUGAAAUUGGAUAGCGCACCAAGAUUCAUUCUUCUUUCCCAGGAAACAUAUGGGAGAUGCUAUGGUUCCUAAUAUUCUAUUAAGGCCCAAGAUUCCCCAACAUGGAUAAUGGAUUGCUCCCCAAACUUUAGACUUUAGAUAACCACAAGAAAUAUAUCUUACAUUACAGCACAGUACAGUGAAAUCGAAUACAAAUUCUACUCUAUCAUUUGUAUAUUGAAGGAUGGAUUUGUCAUUAUAAUCUAGAAAUUACAAUGAAAAACAAAUAAUAGAGAGUAUUAUAAAUUUAUAAUUAAAAAAAGUGAACAUUCCAUCUCUAAUUUAUUUCAUCUUCCACUCCAUUCCAUUCCAUUCAUUUCUCAUUCUAUUGUAACCCAUUUUGCCAAUGAAAACAAGGUUUGAUUAAAUCUGAAAACUGAUACGUAGAGAUUAUGCAGGGCAGGUGCGAAGGAUAGCAAAGUAAACACAAUAUUCGCAAUGUAAAUCAAUAGGUAAUAAUAUCUUCAUCAAAUAACACAUGAUCAUAUCCCAUGUCGAAAUGGCAAACAAUUAGUCAUCAGUACUCUAUUUUUUCCGAAAAAAGAACAGUACGAUAUUUUGUUUAGCUACAAAGGAGAAAGUGCACUCAUAGGUACAUAGCAAAUAUAUGAAUUCUGAACCACUGAUAAACACAGAACCAACAGUACCAAAAUCCUGAUGUAUACGACAC